UUGGAAAUGACAGCCCGUGGUCUAUCUUGAUUUAGUUGUAAAAAGUCUUUGGUACAACAAGGAUUUGUUGCCAGGAAAUCAGCCGCUGCAGCCAUGGUAACCUCUGAACGCUAAACAACGGGAAGUAGUUUUAAGCUAGCAAGACAAAGUGGCGCGACUUUUUGGAGAAUUCGAUUCGAAGUCAAUAACAAUUUCCUGGAAGGACCUCCUAAACGUGAUACUGCCAACUGUUUUUCUAGAGCUGACUUGUGCUUUUGAAUUUAGCUACUAGCUGGUUACAAGCCCUAUAUUUCUGUUGGAACGCCACGACCUCUCUCUUGCAAAGUAACCACAUUAGCCUUGUAGCUACUACUAACUCUAGCCAACACCCCUUGCUAAAAACUAUUCGUCAUGGCUUUUUAUGAAGUCUAUUCUCACCCUGCUUCAAUUAGAUACAAAACAAGCGUUUGCACCAAAGCCACGUUGUUUCUUGGUAUUGUCUUGUGUCUCACCUACAUCCCACCCCUCCUGGUUGCUUACAGGAGCCAAGGGUUCUGGGUAAAGAGGAGUACAUAUGAAGAGCAACCUGUUGUUCGGUUCCAGUACCAGGUUCUGAUAAUUGCAGCAACAAGCACUAGUGGUGACUAUGUUGCGUGGAGCACCUUUCCCAAUUUUAAUAACAUGCAAGGGACUAACCUCAGAAUUCCAUCUAUCUCGGUGCGAGAGGAAGACCAGAAUCAGGAUGGGAAGUUGGACCGUUUGAAAUUCCGACUUGACCUUCCCCUUCGGUCUGAUGAACAAGUGUACAGCAUCCAGCUACUACUCACCUUCUCCUACCAGCUGUUUGUAUGUCAUCACCCCCCUCAUUCAGUCCGACACAAUGUCCAAUGCAUUCACUACAUCCAUACAGUUCCUCUCACUACUACAGUCUCUUUUUGUAUUUCACUUCCAUCUGUCUCUCUUCCCUCUUUGCAGAGAAUGUCCACUGUGGUGAUGCAGACACUGGCCUUUGUGCAGCAUUCCUCCUCAGUUCCUGGCUCUCAGCUCUUCAUCAGUGGAGAUCUGCGGCUCCAGCAGAGAACCCCACUUCCACACCGUGGUCUACACACUGUAUACAAUGUAUCAGUAAUUGAUGGAGCAAGUCCGUUUGCAAGCGCAUAUGAUCUUGCCAACGUCAUUGGAUCCUAUCAGGAUAGAAACUUGACAACGUUUCUGUCCUGUCCAAGUCCAGUAUGGACUGUGGGUCGAGCUGCUGGUACUCCCUUCCAGAUAAAUGCUGACGUCCGCUACCCAGUGGAGGUUGUCAGCUAUCGGCCUGGGUUCUGGGAGAUGAUCAAAUUUGCCUGGAUCCAGUAUGUCAGUGUGUUGCUUAUCUUCCUCUGGGUUUUCAACAGGAUUCAGACCUUUGUUUUCCAGAAUCAGGUGCUGCCGACUGUACCUAUACCACUCUUGAAACAGCACCACUUUUGAUUCAGUGAAAAUGUUCACCUCCCAUACUCAGGUACUGUGGAGGGAGGAGGCCACAUCACCAAACAACUUACAUUACAAUGGCCAAAUGUUCAGAAGAUCAAUACAAACACACACAGGAUACAGUAUUUUCCUUGCCUUUACAUAUACAUUUACUUAAACAUCACUAGUACACAUCGCUACACACAAGGCAUUCAAAUAUUUAUCUUCAUCGGUCCGUGCUACUGAAUGAACUGUUAUGGAGUGAUUGAUUUUCAGUUAGCUAUGUUAGCUGGUGCUGUGUAAAUGUUGAAAACAGAUUUGUGAUUCUUUGUGAAUGUGGAAAAGAAAUGUCUAGUUUUUUUUAUGAAUCAGUUUUUAUUUUGUACAUAGCUCUUGGCACUGUUAAUAAAGCAGUGGUGGAAAAAGUA